CUGUUACUAUAAAAAAUUAUCAUUUUGAAUUGUUAAUUUUUUCAACAGCAUUGUACAAUACAAUACUUUUAACAGUUUCUGUGAGCAAUUGUUUGCAAAUCGUCUAACAGUGGUAAAUAAUGUAUAGAAAUGCAUUAAAAAGUGGUGCUCGUACUGCUUUACAAGCGUGGAAAGUAAAAAACGAUUUAGCAAAAUUGCGGUUUGAUUUGACUCGGGCAAAUGCAGAAUUUGAACAGCAUUUGUGCAAAGCUGUCAAUGAGCUAGUCAGUCCUAUUAAAAAGCUUAGAGUGACUGCAUGUUGUUUUGCUAACGCUUGUACUAAUAACUGUUUAUAUUGUACAUUGAUAACUACCGCUGCUGAUAAACCGUCACAAAAUUUACAAAGAAAGUCAACAACACAUUUCCUUCAUUCGUUUCAUAAUCGACAACGUAUCUUAGAAAACGGCCACCUUAACACAGUGCUCUCGUCCAAACAGUUCGUGAAAGUGCAAAAGCAAUUUUAUCGCGAGUUUUCUAAUAUAUCGUUGGGAGCGCCAAUCAAAAAUAGUGAGGCUCCAUUACUAGGUGAUCUUUGUGAUAAAUAUCGAGCUGUUAUAGUGGCCGACACACCACAGGAAGUGCCGUUCUUAAGUAUUUUACAGCAUCUGCUGCGCAUUGAUCCCAAGGAGCCGGUCAGUGAUGUUAUUUGGGACACUGCAGAGAAAUUGGUUCAUCGUGCUACUUUACUUGAAAACCAUGAAGACUCAGUACGUUUACUACGUACACCCAGUGUACAGAAAUUUACAUGUCCGCACUGCCGCAACGAUGCAACAAGUCCAAGUCGCAAGGCAUCAACAUUACCGAACUCACCUAACAGCGUUUUGACAACAUCGACAUGUUCAUCACAACAUCUAAGCAGUCCACAAAUGAAUAUACCCGUUCCGCCACCACAACCCUUAACCAACAACACUAUAGUGCCACCACCACCACCACUACCAUUGGCACCAUCCGCGACUUCUGCACAAUUAACUGCCGGUGUACCACCACCUCCCCCACCACCGUUAUUAAACGGUAAUGCACCACCGGCACCACCCCCUCCAACAUCAAAUUCGCUAUUCAACACAACUUUACAAGCAGUACGACCAACAACACCCGAACCCGGCUAUAUUGAUCAGACAACAGUUUUGCUACCGCAACAAGAUACUCCUGCACCCAAAGCUAAAAUGAAAACUAUUAAUUGGGGUAAAAUUCCGCCUAGUAAAGUUAUUGGAAAAGAAAAUAUUUGGACAAUAGUUGCUACUAAUCAUCAAGAUAGACCUAUGACCGAUAUUGAUUGGAACGAAAUGGAAGGUCUCUUCUGCUUGCAAUCAACAAGUGCACAAGGUUCACCUAAGUUGGGUCGUGAUGGUAACGGUUGUGAUACGCUGGAUCGAAAAUCGAAAAAAGAAAACACAGAAAUAACAUUGCUCGACGGAAAGAGAAGCCUUAAUGUAAACAUCUUUUUGAAACAGUUUAGAACUUCCAAUGAAGAUAUUAUACAACUAAUACGUGAUGGAGAACACGAUGAUAUUGGUGCUGAAAAAUUGCGCGGCUUAUUAAAAAUUUUACCAGAAGUUGACGAACUCGAUAUGUUGAAGUCUUUUAAUGGAGAUAAAAAUCGACUGGGUAAUGCUGAGAAAUUUUUAUUACAAUUAGUGGAAGUACCAAAUUACAAAUUACGCAUAGAAAGUAUGUUGCUUAAAGAAGAAUUUGCUGCCAACGUCAGUUAUUUGGAUCCAUGUAUUAAUGCUAUGAUCUACGCUGGUGAUGAUCUUAUUAACAACAAAAUGCUACAGGAUCUGCUUUAUAUGGUUGUUGUAGCUGGAAAUUUUCUCAACUCAGGUGGUUACGCUGGCAACGCUGUUGGUGUUAAACUUGCUUCAUUGCAAAAAUUGACUGAUAUAAGAGCUAACAAGCCUGGAAUGAAUCUCAUACAUUUUGUAGCCUUACAGGCUGAAAAGCGAAAUCCAGAAUUGUUAAAGUUUACAACACAACUGAAUACAUUAGAAAAUGCCACCAAAACCACAUCGGAGCAAAUUAAUAAUGAAAUCAAUGCUUUAGACACGCGCAUACGUAAAAUCAAAAAACAAAUUGAACAAACCGCAACUGAUGAAGACAUAAAGGCACAGAUGCACGAGUUUCUACAGGGUGCUGAACGAGAAGUCGAAGUACUACAAAAUGGUAUGAAGGAAGUGGAACGAAUGCGUAUUAAACUAGCCAAUUUUUUCUGUGAAGAUCCUUCCACAUUCAGACUUGAGGAAUGUUUCAGAAUAUUCCAGUCAUUCUGUGAAAAAUUCAAACAAGCAGUAAAGGAUAACGAAAGGCGACAACAAUUGGAAGAGCAAGCAAUAUUAAGGAGAAAACAACGAGAAGAACAGCUUGCUAGAAGAAAUAGACAAUUCAACCAGUGUGGUACCCCCGUUUCUGAUUCAGAGAAUCAAUUAUUUUUAGAUCCAGCAUUUGAUCCAAGAGCUAGUCCAGCACUAUCACGACGUCGUAUGGGCUCUUUUAAUAGUGGAGCAGAUAAUAGUUUCUUACGUAAUGAAACAAAUGAAGGUAUGUCUCCAGACAUAACGCCUAACGGCAGUUUGCGCAGACGUCGCAGUCGUGUUUUAGCUGAAGAAGAUGACCUAAUGGAAUUCUUAAGAUCAUCGUCUGGUCAUGAACAUAGUAGUAGAGAACGUAAAGCUUAUGGUAGCUUAGAUCGCUCUUGGGCUCGGCGAGCACGUUCCGGCAGUUCCAGUCGUAAACGCCCUGAAUUAUUAAAUAUUGAUUUCGGAGCAGACAGAGAACGUGCUAACUCACCGGCACCAAAUUUGAUGCAAGAUAAACAAUCCCCUUCAACGAAUUCAGCGGGUGGCUUAACACCGACAUCUGGUAAUCAAAGUACCAAUGAGGAUGUUAAACCAAGAAUAUCGCGGGAAUGGCGACAAAAAAUAGAGACAUGGUUACAAUCUAACGAAAACGAUGAAAAACAAAACGAGGAAUAUAAGCGCAAA